AUGGCUCUCCUCUCAGCUCUCACUCUCUCAAUCCUCUCCUCUUCGGAUCUCCUCUCAGCUCUCACCCUCUCAAUCCUCUCCUCUCCUCUAGAUCUUUGGAGCGCUGCUACGCUGCGGCCCACAACUCGCCUCUCAGCUCUCACUCUCUCAAUCCUCUCCUCUUUGGCUCUCCUCUCAGCUCUCACUCUCUCAAUCGUCUCCACUUCGGCUCUUCUUUGGUGCGUUGCUACGUGCUGCGCAAUAGUUGGCGCCAUCUUGGAAAUUCUUGAGAGGUUUUCUUUUUCAAUCCUUGAUCACGAAAGAUAUGACCAUGGACUUGCUUACCCAGAUUCUGACUCGAAGCGUAGGAAACAAGACUCCAGUGGUGCUGAUAUUAUUCCACUGGUUAAGCCAAAUCGGGAGCCACGAGUUGUUGUUCAGAUUGUUAGUGAGGUUGAUAUACUUGAUGAUGGAUAUUGUUGGUGCAAGUAUGGACAAAAGUGGUGA